UCUUUUGAAUUUUUAUUUUAUUUCACAUCGUGAUCCCAACCCACUCUUUCCAGAUUUUUUGGUCGCAACCCUGCUCUCGAUCGUGCGUAUGAGAGGGAAGGAGAUCUACGCUACUCUGAUCUAAUUUUCACAACACCAACUUUCUUAUAAUCACAAUCUAUGCUUGGAGCUUCUUCUCCUUCACCUUAAUUUCAUUACCCCUGAUGCGAUUGUAAUUCAGGGUGCAUCAUGGUAACAAAGGGGAAUUCAGGAGACAAUAGGACUAGGAGUUCUGUUACUAUAUUUAUAGUUGUCGGUUUGUGUUGUUUCUUCUACCUAUUGGGGGCAUGGCAGAGGAGUGGAUUCGGAAAGGGAGAUAGCAUAGCUUUGGAGAUGACCACCAAAGGUGGUGCAGAUUGCAACAUUCUUCCAAAUCUCAACUUUGAGACUCAUCACAGUGGUGAUGCUGGGAUUGUUGACGCGUCAGGAACAAAAGUCAAAGACUUUAAGCCAUGUUCUGCUCGUUAUACCGAUUAUACCCCUUGCCAUGAUCAGAAACGAGCAAUGACGUUCCCAAGACACGAUAUGAUUUAUAGAGAAAGACAUUGUCCUCCUCAGGAACAAAAGUUGAAGUGCUUGAUUCCGGCACCCAAAGGUUAUGUAACGCCGUUUUCAUGGCCUAAAAGUCGCGAUUAUGUUCCUUUUGCCAAUGCACCAUAUAAAGCAUUGACGGUUGAGAAGGCUAUUCAGAACUGGAUUCAGUAUGAGGGCAACGUAUUUAGGUUCCCAGGUGGGGGGACACAGUUUCCUCAAGGAGCGGAUGCCUAUAUCGAUCAACUUGCUUCUGUAAUCCCAAUUGCUAAUGGGACUGUAAGGACCGCCCUCGAUACUGGUUGUGGGGUUGCAAGUUGGGGUGCAUACCUUUGGAAGAGAAAUGUUAUAACUAUGUCAUUUGCACCUAGAGAUAAUCAUGAAGCUCAGGUUCAGUUUGCUCUCGAAAGAGGUGUACCCGCCAUUGUUGGCGUUCUUGGCUCAAUAAAAAUGCCAUAUCCAUCUAAAGCUUUCGACAUGGCUCACUGCUCAAGGUGCUUGAUUCCAUGGGGAUCAAAUGAUGGGAAAUACAUGAUGGAAGUUGAUAGAGUUCUUAGACCUGGUGGCUUCUGGGUGCUUUCGGGUCCACCAAUUAAUUGGAGAAACAACUACAAAUCGUGGCAGCGUCCAAAGGAGGAUCUUGAGGAAGAACAGAGGAGUAUYGAARAGGUUKCUAAGCUUCUAUGCUGGGAGAAAAYAUCYGAGAGUGGAGAAACURCUAUUUGGCAGAAGAAAUUAAAUCYSGAAKCAUGYCGUGCCACAGAARAUGCUCCGGGUGUUACRUAUUGCUCCCAAGAUCCAGAUGAUGUCUGGUACAAGAAUAUGGAGAAAUGUGUAACUCCUACCAAUUCAAAGGCAGAGGAUGUGGAAUACAAGCCGUUCCCUGAAAGGCUUAAUGCUAUCCCACCACGAAUUGCUUCUGGAUCCAUUCCAGGAGUUUCUGCAGAUAAGUACAUGGAGGAUAACAGACAAUGGAAGAAACAUGUAAAUGCUUACAAAAGGAUCAAUCGAAUCAUUGCCUCCGGAAGGUAUCGCAACAUCAUGGAUAUGAAUGCUGGUUUUGGAGGGUUUGCUGCUGCUCUUGACUCUCCCAAGUUAUGGGUUAUGAACGUCGUUCCCACUUUGGCAGAGAACACUCUUGGAGUUAUAUACGAGCGUGGACUUAUUGGCAUCUAUCAUGACUGGUGUGAAGCUUUCUCUACAUACCCACGGACGUAUGAUCUCAUUCAUGCUAAUGGUUUAUUCAGUUUAUACAAGGACAGAUGUAAUUUUGACGACAUUCUUCUAGAGAUGGAUCGAAUACUACGUCCAGAAGGCGCUGUUAUACUGCGUGAUGAAGUCGAUGUACUCAUGAAGGUAAAAAACAUUGUUGGGGCAAUGCGAUGGGAUACAAAACUGAUAGAUCACGAAGACGGUCCCUUGAUCCCCGAGAAAAUUCUAGUUGCCGUCAAACAAUAUUGGGUGGUUGGAUCUAACAACUCUACGUCCUCGCGCUAAUCGCCGAAAAUCCGACUUCAGAACGGUAACUCGUCAAAUUUUCCAUGCAAUCUCUGUAUCACCUUUUAGGAGGUUCAUACAUAGCAAAGGGUCGAUUAAUCUAUGUUCUUUAGUUGCUGAGUUACCAUUAGUUAAGAGCCUUAUAUGAUAUCUGUUUGUUGUACUGUAAGACAAUCAAAAGCCCUUUUAAGUUAAUGGUAAGAAAUGGUUUGUUCCAAAGUC